CCUGCUGCUGCUGCUGCUGGUCCGUCUCGUCCCUCGCUCGCUGCCUCUUUCAUCGUUGAUUUCUUCCAUUUGUCGUGCAGGCGAAAGGCGAGCAGUUCUGGAGUCGGAGAGAAGGAAAGCUCGAACUCCGCUGUAGCUCGGACAGAGUUCCCGCGAUUUUUAUGAUGGUGAAGAGUAUGUGGUAAACCGUGCCCGCCCUGUAGGUUUACCACAUACUCGCGCGGGUUUGGGUUUGGGUUUGGCUUUUGCUUUCGCUUUGGCUUGGAGCGAGUGAUGGAAUCGUAGGCUUCUUGCUCGAUGGCGAUUGGCACCCUCUGUCGAUGAAAAAUUGCUGCUCCGAUUCUUCGGAUGAAUUGCGCGCAAUGUUGUUGGGCUGAGAGCAGAUCCUCGGGGGAAGACGGUCAUGGUUCUUGUUUUCAAUCCGUCUUGAUGAUUGUGCGACGCGCCUGAGCUCGGAGGGGAUCGAUUUUUUCGCGUCAGUGAGCAGUAGCCGUGCACUGAUUGCUCCAUUUGCAUCCAACGAUUGGCCCAAUGGCGCAGCCUCAAGCAAAUCCCGUCAUGCCAUCGGCACCUGCAUCUCCAUCUGCCGCGGUGCCUCCUGCACUGCCUCCCUCUCCAUCUCCACCUGCUGUGUAUUUAGGGCAAUCCGUGAUUCCUCUCGUAAAUAAACUGCAAGACAUUUUUUCUCAGCUUGGGAGUGCGUCUACUAUAGAUCUACCACAGGUGGCCGUCGUUGGUAGCCAGAGCAGUGGGAAGUCGAGUGUCCUGGAAGCUAUGGUGGGGCGCGAUUUUCUGCCUCGAGGGGCAGAUAUAUGCACUAGGAGGCCUUUGGUGUUGCAGUUGGUUCAGACAGUGAGGAGACCCGAGGAUCGUUCGGAAUUGGUCGAAUGGGGCGAGUUUUUGCACAUUCCUGGAAGGCGCUUUACGGAUUUCACCGCCAUUCGCAAGGAAAUACAGGCAGAAACGGACCGAGAGUUGGGCACAAAUAAGGGGAUUUCGGAGAAGCAAAUUCGUUUGAAGAUAUUUUCGCCAAAUGUCUUGAACAUCACACUCGUAGACUUGCCUGGCAUUACAAAAGUGCCUGUCGGUGAUCAACCUUCAGAUAUCGAAGCGAGAGUGAGGACUAUGAUUUUAAAUUAUAUAAAGCACGAAACGUGCAUCAUCCUCGCAGUCUCACCUGCCAAUGCCGAUUUGGCCAACUCCGAUGCCCUUCAGAUGGCAAGGAUCGCUGACCCUGACGGAUCUCGUACGAUUGGUGUCAUCACUAAGCUUGACAUCAUGGAUAGAGGUACAGAUGCACGCAACUUCUUGCUGGGAAAUGUGGUCCCUUUACGACUUGGGUACAUUGGAGUUGUAAACCGCAGUCAGGAGGACAUUCAAGCUAACAAAACUAUACGCGAAGCUUUGGGUUAUGAAGAGAACUUUUUUCGGAGCCGCCCUGUAUAUCAUAGUCUAUCCGAACGUUGUGGCAUUCCACAAUUGGCAAAGAAGUUAAAUUCCAUAUUGGUGCAACAUAUACGGGCAAUUUUACCAGACCUGAAGGCUAGAAUCAGUACUCAGAUGGUAACUUUGCAAAAAGAGCUUGCUGGUUAUGGAGAGUUGACAGAUUCUAAGUCAGGUCAGGGGGCUUUGCUGUUGAACAUCAUUACCAAGUAUUCUCAAGGUUUCCAAUCCAUCGUUGAUGGAAAGAACGAGGAGAUGUCAACAACAGAGUUGUCGGGAGGGGCCCGAAUACAUUAUAUUUUUCAGUCUAUAUUUGUCAAGAGUUUAGAGGAAGUAGAUCCCUGUGAUGAUCUGACCGAUGAGGAUAUCCGAACAGCAAUUCAAAAUGCCACAGGCCCCAAGAAUGUACUAUUUGUACCAGAGGUGCCAUUUGAGGUGUUGGUUCGGCGUCAAAUUGCCAGGUUGUUGGAGCCCAGCUUACAGUGUGCAAGGUUUAUAUAUGAUGAGCUCGUCAAGAUAUCUCACAGAUCAGAGUCGUACGAGCUGCAGCGUUUUCCGGUUUUACGCCGUCGGAUUGAGGAGGUUGUUGCCAACUUUUUGCGGGAAGGUUUAGCACCAGCAGAAACCAUGAUCGGCCACCUGAUCGAAAUGGAGAUGGACUAUAUCAACACAUCACACCCAGGCUUUAUAGGAGGCAGCAAAGCGGUAGAAAUGGCUUUACAACAGCAACGAGGAGUCAAGGUGUUACCUUCUAACACUAAAACCAAGGAUGCCUCUGAGUGGAAAGAUUCAGGAGCAGACAGGCUACCUCUUCCUGACAAGACUUCAAAGUCUCGGGCAAUCUUGGCUCGCACCAAUGCUGCAGGAGUUGUUGCCCAUGAACAUAGUGUAAAGCCUCCACCUCCGCUUGAGAAGCCGGGUUCUUCAUCAGGCACAUCUGCUGGAAAUAGUAGCUGGGGCAUUACGUCAAUCUUUGGGGGAAACGAGUCGCGAAUCAACGGGAAUGGCAAGGAGCAUGUUUUAAGCAGAGGCUACAAUGAACCUGCACAAGGAUUAGAACCGUCCUUUUCCAGCAUUCAGCUAAGAGAACCUCCAACAGUUCUUAGAGCCACUGAUGCGCAGACUGAGCAAGAGACAGUAGAAAUUGCUGUGACGCGUUUGUUGUUAAAAUCGUACUAUGACAUUGUACGCAAAAAUAUCCAAGAUUCUGUGCCGAAGGCAAUCAUGCACUUUUUGGUGAACCAUGUCAAACGAGAGCUUCACAGUGUGUUUAUCCGAAAACUGUACAGGGAGAGCUUGUUCGAGGAGAUGCUGCAAGAGAAAGAAGAGAUUGCCGCCAAGAGGAAACGUUGCAAGGAAAUUCUACGAGUUUUACAGCAAGCCGCUUGGGAACUGGACACCUUGUCUUUUUGAUCUCUUGGUGGUUUUACGAUGCCAGCACUUAUUGGGCCUGGUCAUUAUUGUACACUGUUUGAAUCAGUUUUGAUAGAUAGUUUUUCCACCGAGAUAAUUCGAGGACCCUAUGCUAUUUUAACCAGGGUCGCUAAGGUUCCUGGUCUGAGAUAGCUAUGUGCGAGUAAUUGUUCAUAAUCAGCUCAGUCCCAACAUGGACUUUGAGUGUGCUAUCAUAGAACGAAUGACGCUAAUUUAGGGUAACGUGAAGUUGUGCCUGUUUAUUACGGGUCACGUUCUUCGCAUGUCCAAAUUUGAUUGUCUUGGAGAGCUCCAAUUUUCGAACAGUCAAGUUGUUGGAGUAGUGUGUGAAGAUGUCUACAUUGUGGUGCCUGUGUCCAGACGUUGGAAGAGUUGCCAGUAGACCCCGACACGCCAUCAAGGCCAUCACAUACUAUUUAUGAUACGACUGGGCUGCCGCCUCCUGCCUCGAAGAAUCCUGCUUCGUCUUCUGCAGCGUACGCCAUGGCCAAUGGGGACUUCAGUGGAUUGGGUUCUCAGUCGCCGAAUAAUUCUGGCUUUUUCGGCUCUCCAAGAAAUUCAAAGGGAAGAAGAUCAUUUCAUUCGGAGCAGGCUUCUUCUGGUGUCGGGCAGCAAAGUGCAAAUGGAAGUGGGUUUGUUGGGGCUUCUGGAGGUGCUGGUUAUUCGUCGAUCAAGGUUGAUAGGUGACCCUUUCUGUCCGCGAUUUGCUACCUGAGAAAUUAUUUAUCAGUUUUGCAUAGGGAUGCUGAGAUACCAGCUUGAUUUCAAAUUGAGGCAGAAGAAAAACACAACAGAUUUUGUGCCAUCAUACUCGUCUCCCUAAAAAAUUAGACGUAGGAGCUAUAUUGAACGGUGAAGGUUAAGGAUUAUUACUCAUCACAACGUGGUAAAGAAUUACAACUGGCAUGAAACUUGCGUCUUAAUAUUUCCAGCUCGCCUGUAGUAACAGAUUUGCCUAGUAGCGUGUCAAAUCUGAAGUAGUUUUGUAGGCAUACCACGACAAACUAUAGUUUAAGAGGUACUGUAUCUUGAUGAUAUGCGUAUGGUGGUUUAGUUGGGUUACAUUCUUUGCUGUCAUUUGACACUUCAAAUGAUAAUUUAUCUAGCUCCCAAUACUGAGUGGUGUUUUCCUUAAGCCCCCCUUUCUGUAUCUAUCCAAGGCUGCAACAAGUACAUAAUGAGUUCUGAUGAUGUGAGGU